AUGUUCCUCAAGUCGAUCUUUGGUCUUUUGUGCAUCAGCGGACUGGCAGCCGCGCAUAUGGAACUGAGCUGGCCUUAUCCUUUGCGCAGUCAAUUUGACCCGGCAAACAACUGGACGACCAUCGACUAUUCCAUGACUAGCCCCCUCCUCGCUGAUGGAUCCAACUUUCCCUGCAAAGGCUACCAACAAGACACAGCCUGGCGCGCAACCGCCGAAUACAUCGCAGGAAAAACGUACAACAUCACGCUGUCUGGCUCAGCAACCCACGGCGGGGGCUCUUGUCAGCUCUCCCUGAGCUAUGACAACGGCGAAACCUUCAAGGUCAUCCAGUCCAUGGAGGGCGGAUGCCCUCUCGAAUCAACAUAUGACUUCCGGAUGCCUGGGGACGUGGCUGAUGGCCACGCUCUCUUUGCCUGGUCGUGGUUCAAUUUGGAGGGCAACCGGGAAAUGUAUAUGAACUGUGCCGAUGUCAUCAUUAGUGGCGGUAAUGGAAGCACAUCAGCGUUUGAGAAGAAAUAUCCAGACAUGUUCGUCGCAAAUGUCGACAAUGGCUGCUCGACCGUGGAGGAGAAGCAGACUGUGUUUGCCAACCCAGGAAACCAGGUUAUUUAUGGCGAUGGAGUCACCGCGUCUUCGGCUACAUUCCCUGAUUGUUCUUGA